AUGCAGUUAAAUGUUCAGUGUCUUUCAAAUAAACUGAAUAGUCUAGAGGUGCUGUUAGAAGAAAAACAUCCUGAUGUGCUCAGUGUCUCAGAGCAUUGGUGUAAAGAGGAUGGUGUUACGUCUAUGGUAUUACCAGGUUAUACACUGGCUGAUUAUUUCUGCCGCUCUUCGAGGGAACAUGGUGGAUCGUUGCUGUACACGAGGAAUGGGCUCGAGGUAAAACGUCUAAAGGUGUCUGAAUUCUCUGUGGAAAUGCACGUGGAAAUCUGCGGUAUUGUGGUUACGGUUGGUGACGCAAGUUUCAGUGUUUUGAGUGUUUAUAGACCCUGCACAGGUUGCAACAAGACUAAACUUCUCAACGAGUUGUUAGAUUGCUUCAAUCUCACUAAAACGUCUGAAGUUGCAACCAGAGUCUACACUAAUAUAAAUGGUAUCACUUCCACAUCCAAGGUUGAUUAUAUUAUCUCCAGUUCAGAUCUUUGUAAUUAUAAGUGUACUGUAUUUGAGCCUCAUAUAAGUGACCAUAAGGCAAUGUUGUUAAAAAUGUCGUUAAAGCCUAUAUCUGCUCCAAAGACCAAAAUUUCCAUAAGAAAUGUCAAUCAGAACAACCUUAACAAGCUGAAUGCCUGCAUAUCCGAUAGUAAUUUUGUAGAUCUUUACUCGGAAAGUGAUGUUGACCUAUGCUUCGAGUCAUUCAACAAUGAGAUCUUGUACUUUUUGGAAGUGUGUUGUCCUGUCAAACAUAUUUUUGCAACUAAUUCUCGAAAAAAUUGGAUAACAUCUGAGAUCAGGCAGAGUAAACAGAAUUUGACCAAUUUAUAUUGGCUUCAUUCAGUCGUACGUUCACCGUCCACUUUAUUCAAAUAUAAAAAUGCAAAACUACAGCACAAUUCACUAAUAAAUGAGACUAAAAUCAAUUAUUACAGUUCAAAAAUUGAUAAAUCUGAUAAUAAGAAUAAAACUCUGUGGAAUAUUGUUAAUAAGUUUACAUGUAGGAAAACGAGGGCACAUCACCCAGUUAGUAUCAUUUUAGAUGGUGUGAAAUACGAUAGUCCUUCGGUGCUUGUUAACAUAUUUGCUAGCCACUUCACCUCAAUGGCAAAAUCUAAGUUGAAGAGUUGUUAUGGCGACAAUUUGUCCAUUUCUUGUACCACAGCAUCUUUGGUUGAUAAUACUUUUUACUUUUAUCCGGUAACUAAGUUAGAGGUUCUUGAUGCAAUUAAGAAUCUAAAAAAUAAAAAUUGCGUAGGUUUACAUUCCAUCUCAACUAAAAUAGUGAAAAGCAUCUCCGAAACCAUAAGCGAGCACUUUGCCCAUGUCGUUAACCUUUCUUUAUCAACAGGUAAAUUUCCUAAUACUCUCAGGGAGUCCAUAGUAAUCCCGAUACACAAGGGCGGCAACCUGGAUGAGAUCACCAACUAUCGUCCCAUUUCAAUCAUAAGUGUUUUGUCAAAAGUUUUCGAAGGAAUCGGCUCCGUGCUGGGACCACUAUUGUUCUUGUUGUUCAUAAACGACUUGCCCAUCCACUUGGCUCUAUUUUUGGUGGUUCUCUUUGCCGAUGACACCUCCGUUGUGGUCUCAGCGGAGACUGCUGAGGAGCUUCGUAACGCGUGCGAGGCGAUUAUACGCCAGUUCGUUGCUUGGUGCCGGUCGAAUAGAGUGAUAGUGAAUGUUAAUAAAACAGUUUGUAUUCACUUCGGUAUCAAAAAUAAUCCUGUUGACACUUUGGAAAUUUAUCAUUCUAACUUCUUGAUAAAAUCUGCUAUUCCGGAAGGGGACCAUUCAGUUAAUAAACAACCUAAGGAUCUUUUAUAUAAAGAAUAA